AUGCGCUUCGCCUCGGCCCUCGCCGCCGUCGCGGCACUUAGCUGCUCCCCCUUCGCCGCCGCGCAGGAUCAGCAGCAGCAGCCGCAGCCGAAGCGCGACUACGCAGCCAUCAUCAAGGCCACCUUCAAGGACAACGAGCCCUGCAAGCCGAACCAGCCCGACUGUCGCAGCCCCGCCCAAGCCGCGCCCUUCCUCGAGAAGUCGUUCCGCGACUACGGCCUCACCUGCCCCGCCGAGCAGGCCGCCGUCCUCGCCGUCAUCGCCCUCGAGUCGGGCGAGUUCCACUACAAGCGGAACAUGUUCCCGCCGCCCGGCAAGCCCGGCCAGGGCACCGUCAACAUGCAGUCGCCGCUUUACAACCUGCGCUACGCGAAGAGCAUCCCCGCGCUGGCCGCCCAGGUCGCCAACGUCACCGAGGAGAUGAUCAGCGGACUGCCCGCCGUCGAGCUCAACCGCAUCCUGGCGCUCGUGCAGGUCGACGACUACAACUUUGGCAGCGGCUCGUGGUUCAUGGCUACGCAGUGCCCAAAGAGUGUCCGCAACGUGCUGCGCAAGAACCCGGAGCAGGGUUGGUACGAGUACAACUCCAAGUGCGUGGGGGUCCCUGGCGAUGUUUCGACAAGGCUAGAGUACUGGACUCGGGCCAAGGCCGCGUUCCAGCUCAAGUAG